AUAUUUCCGUCGCACUUAUUUCUAUUUUUAGUCGACUGGAAUCUCGGGUGAUGUAUCACUGGAAAGAAUGCGAAGAAAUAGCCCAGUCGUCUAUGAUUCUUUGUUUGGUCCAAACAGAGUAAGGAACAGUAGUCCUAACGCUCUGAAUCCAACGAAUCGUCAUGUAAGCCCCUUAAACCGGAACUUCAGUCCAACGAAGGGUCAAGUUCAGGAUCUUGGAGAUGUAGGGAAAGAAAAUUUUUCAAAUAUAACACUCGAUCAGGAAUCUACAAGAAUUGACUUUACUCCGGUCCGUCCAACCUCUCCCAUCAGACGAAAGGCUCUCCAACCUGUUGUUAGACUGGAGAAGGUUUUCUCCCUGGGGAGUGAGAGCGAAGACUAUACUCCAACAUUUGAUCCAACUCCAGCAGCUAUCAAAGCUGCUCGAGUACAGAGGAAAGCGGGUAACUCGGCUUUAUCCUCAGCAACGAACCUGGAGAAGGGUUGGAGAGAGGAGAAUAUUUUGAAACCCAGAAACUCGGAUAAUGAUCUAGGGUUUGGAAUGCCUCCUCCUAAAUGCAAACCAAUUAUCUCGGAUAAAACAGCGGCGGAUAAUACUUCAACUAUCCGCCCUAAGAAGAGAUACGAGAAGAAAAGUUCUCCAUCCAAAUCAACUCGACGAAGCAAAUCUUUGGACAAGCCUCGAAAUAGUUCUAAUGUCCCUGCAAAUAGUAAGUCUCCUGCUAAACCUCAGAGAGACUCUCCUGUUCAAACUAGAUCUCCUUCUCAACCUGAAAUGGACUCUCCUUCUAAAGAAAAGAGUAGGUCUCCUACUAAACUCCGAAGAAAGAAUAAGCCUGUGAACUCUGAAUCUAUAGAUUCAAGCAACAAUAAACAAAGACAAGAGUUAUCUCAGACCUUGGCCUUCACUGGGAUUCCGGAGAAAGAAACUGUCCAACCAGAGGAUCUCAUUGUCUCAUCAGCUAUAUCCAGAGAAGUAUUUCCAUCCAGAGGAUUCAAGGUUCCACAGCUACCUCAAAUACAGAAUAGGAAGAAACAAACAACAAACAAGAUCAAUGGUAUACAGCAGAUCAAUCAGAUCAACGGAAUCAAUCCGAUCAAUCAGUCUGAGCAAAACAAAACAAUUUCAGCACAACCUCAGGCUUCUGUACCGUCAUUGCCUAAACUGCCCCGGGGAGAAGCCAGGUACCUGGUGAACUGGAUCCCCAGACUAAAGCAAAGGAAGCUGGUUGUUGAGGGGAACCUGAUGGAUUUCUCUAAACCGGUUCCUGACAAGUAUGAUCAAGAUCAACGCUGGAUCAGCAGUAGAAUAACUGGCAGGGUUUCAGCUCAGGUGGUAAGCACUAGGUCAACGGAAUACGUUCUUGAAGGUGAACUUGUUCCUAUUCUUCCAGAACCAUCCUCUCCUCCUCCUCCAAUCUUUAUUCUUCACAAGUAAGUAAUUAUACGAUUG